AUGACCAAAGGUUGCUAUACCUGUCGCCGACGUCGCAUAAUCUGCGACAAUGGGCAACCCACCUGUCGGAAAUGUCGAGAUGCGGGGAAAGAAUGUCUGGGGUACCAGAAACCGCUUGUUUGGGUCAAAGGUGGUGUAGCUAGUCGAGGAAAGAUGAUGGGCCGCAGCUUUGAUGAUGUGGAAAUGCCGCCUACCAAGCCAAAGCGCCAGCCAGCUACUAGGACGUAUGAUUCGACUGCGGCGAACAGCGGAUUCGGCUUCUUCCCCAUUGCCGAAACAUCGUCCGAUGCCGAAUCGCACAGCUCUGGGACUCAACCUAGUCCGGAGACCGAUGGGUGGACUUUUGAGACGGAGAAUCCAACAUUUGGGGGAGAAAUAGCGCACUUGGGGGUCAAUCCCGCCGAGGAACAGGAUACCGCGGUUGUUCAUGUUCCUCGGAGCACUCCUCCCGCCGACUAUAUUCCAACGCCAUGGGGACUGGUAGAUCCACUGCUCAAAGAUCUCAGCCACUUCUCAAGGUACUAUGUACAUCAUUACAAUCAAUAUAUGGUGAAUGACUUUGCGCUUUACUCCCAACACAAAAAUCCAUUCAGAGAUCUUACUGCGCUGGUCAACCAUUCUCCUGUUCUCGCUAGUAGCAUCGCUGCUCUUGGAGCUAUCCAUUACUCCCUUGUAUCAGAAUCGAAUCCAUCUGUCCUACCAUGGUCAUCCGGCAACAUCUCGAUGGCGGACUCCAACUUGUCAGUACAGGAGAUUGAAGAUAUAGUUGCGCCGUCGAAUUCUCGAAAACCUACUUCGCAGGCAUAUCAUCAUUUCUUGGAAUACAAGCAGCGCGCCCUUCGCCAAUUGUCUAUGGAUCUCAAUAACCCGGCGAUGCAGAAAGACGGUAGGACCAUAGCUGCCAUCGUCUUGCUCGCCUUCCUAGAUAUAUUUGAAUCCGGCAGCGGAGCCUGGAGUUAUCAUAUCGAGGGUGCGAAGAAGCUUCUCAAGGACCGACCUGAAAAUGGCCCGGGACAAGGAAUCCUUGACGACCUGGACGCUUUUGCCCUUGACGGGUGUUUAAUAAUGGAAAUCAUGGGAUCAACACUAGCCCGCCCAGGCGCGCUCUCAAAGCCCUUCUACUCCUCAUCCAUGGACCCAGCGAUCUUCAAACGCCUCGAAGAACAGUCUUGGGUCGGAUGUCCCGCCUAUCUCCUAGAAGCAAUCUUCUUCGUCCACGCCCUGUGGUACCCAGACCCAGAAACCACCACCCCAACCCCUCAACCAACAGCCCUACCAAACCCAAUCCAACCCGGCCAACCCCUCACCUUAGACGCAUUCGCAAGUCUCCUCCAAGGAAUUCGCAACUUCGACCCAAUAGCAUGGAGCGAAGAAAUGCAAAAAGUCUUCUUCCUCCCAAACCUAAACUACCGUCUCGCCCUCGCAACAUCCUACCAAGACGCCGUCUACCUUUACACAAGUCGUGUCCUCUCCCGUCGCAGACCGGGCUUCUCACCUCCCUGGACAGACCUUGGUCUCCCGCUCGACCACAGACUCAUUGCCACGAACCUCAUCACGCAAAUCUGUCUCAUACCACCUUCAGACCCGCACUUCAAAUGCCUUAUCUGGCCUACUUUCAUUGCUGGCGCGGAAUGUCGCCCUUCGCAGCGGACUCUUAUCCUUCAAAAGCUCGGCUCGCUCUAUGAAGCCUUGACGAGUGUUAAUGUCCGCAAUGCUGCUUGGGUUUUACGUCUCAUGUGGCAGAAACAGGAUCUCAAGCGUCGUGAACACAAUGUUGAGCAGUAUGAUGAUGAUGACUACGAUCUUGAGUUUGACUGGGUUGAGGAGUUGGAUCAUUCGCGCCUCGACUGGUUGUUCAUUUAG